UGGUUUGACAGUUAUGUCCAUGGCGCUGAUUGGGGUGCUUGGCCUUCUGAUUAUUGCAGUCACCGGACUCGCCAUUAUGGUGGUCAAACUCAGCUUUACAAAGAGAGUCCCAUUGCGGAGACAGAGACAGUCAGAAAAAUCCACGACCAAGCAGAAAAGCCAACAAAACACGCAACCCAGCAUCCCACUGACUACAAGCGCCCCGGAGACCAGGGAGCCGGUGAUGUCUGCGCUUUACGCCGAGGCAGAGACUCCACUAACAAGAAAUACACAUACAACGGUUACAGACGAUGCUUCACAGCAUUACGCAGAAGCAGGUUCCACAGAUCAUUAUUCCGAAACACAGGCUUUCUCCGUUGUGGAUGAACCAAAGCCUCAAGUUGGUGUCAAACGAGGGGGAAAAUACGGUUACUCCACUGUUAAUAAGACAAAAAAGAAAAACACCGAGCAAACCAACAAGUCAUCUACACUGCCCCGCCAUCUGCCAAAUGAUAAUGUCUAUAUGCCCUUAACAGAGGGAGAAUACGAUCAUUUAAAUUCUCCGAGACCUAAAAACAAGAAUCCGAUAGGUCUUAGAUUGUUACCAUAUCAAGAAGUAAGUUUGAGAAAAAAGAAAUUAAACAAAGACCAGAAAGGACCCGAGGUACCCUAUGAUGUACCACCAAGUCAUAAGAAAAUGGACCCACAGGAAACGUACGACGUUCCGAAAUCACAAAGUCAAAUUGCAGCGGCACAAGAAACGUACGACGUCCCGCCAUCUCACGAUCAAACAGACGGAGCUCAGGAAACAUAUGACGUUCCAGGAAGCAACGUGCCGCUAAACGACUAUGAUGCACCUAGAGCCGCGAGUCAGGGAACGUACGAUGUACCUCCUCCUUCCAGCCAAAGGGCGUUUCCCGGUCAGGCGACGUAUGACAGACCCCCGCUGAUCCCCUCAGCUGUUCAGAGCGUCUAUGACGUGCCAAAGUCACAGAAAGACAAAACUGCCAGUCCCAAAUCUAGUCCUAAAUUGUGAUACACAAAUUUCUAAA